AUGAAAGCCUUGACCUUCAUCCUCGCCCUGCUAGGCUUACUCACGAUCACUCUCGCUUGCAAUGAAGGGGAGGAGAAGUGCUGCUCUACUUGGUUUGGCUGCCAAUGCGAGGGUGGCAAAUGGGUCAACAAGCUUGGUUGCCAGAAAGGCUCACGCUGUAUCAUGAAGAAUGGAGAGUACAUCUGCAGGCGUCGAAGCACGCUUUCCCGCAAUGAGGAGGAGAACAUUAUCGGUCUUCCCAUCAGUCCUAUCGCCGUGCCUGUGGCUCCUAUCGACGCUGCCCAUGAUGUCAACACUGCACUCGACCACGGCCCUUUCCCGACUGUGAGUGAGCUAUCUCCUCGCGCUGAAGCUACGCCGCCUAUGUGCUCAAGCUUCACGGUCUUCUGUGCCUCUUCUAAUAAAGGAGGCCUGGUGUCUUACUGUGCGCCUGGUAUUGCCCCCAAAGUGCUUUAUCAGUGUGCUCAAGGCAAGUACUGCGUCGGCGUUACCGAUGAGUCGAAACACGUCGCGGAUCUUCAUUGCGCAAAGGAAUCCCCGCCUCUACCGCCUAACCCGUCCCCUCAGCCUACUCAGCCUCCUCGCCUUGCCGAAUUCACUAUCCCGGUCGAUAUCGAGGCUAAGGUGUACUGCGAAGGCAAACAAAUGAUGUACAUAGAGCCUGGUUCUUCGCCCGAAGUUGUGCAUACUUGCAAUGAAGACUACUAUUGCACCGGAAAUGACAACCCUUGGGAGGGCCGCAUUCAACUUUCCUGCCAGUACGAGGACCCCGCUGUCUCCACGCCCGGACAUUCGCAUCCCGUUUCGACUGCUACACCAACUACCACUCUUUACGAUACUGGGCCUCACAUGGCUCGAGCCGAUCCCGUGCCUUCAGGAAUAGCUGCACUCAUCGAGAACGUGCCCAAUACCGCCGGGGACACUGCCGACACAUCCACGGUGAUGUGUGGUUUCUGUAUCAACAUGCAGGACCGUAGAUCGGAGCUCACAGGCAUCGGCGUGUGUAACACUAUCGCCAAUGAUGGACAGUACCGGGCAAAGGAUGUCAGGGCGACAUAG